CGCAUUGAAGGCAGACACUUUCGAUCGUGAUUUGUAUGUUUUAAAUGUUUUGUAUUGGCUGGUUGUUGGCACUUGACGGAAACGGUGGCGAUAGCGAUAUUAGUUGUGUAUACACAGUUCUUUCUGGAGGGUUGUUUUGGCCAGCAGUUGUUCGAUAUUUUCGAUAAUGAGUAAAAAAUAUUCUAAAAACUCCGAAAAGUUUGUGUUGCUCUCACUUUUUGUCGGCGCACUAAGCGCAUUGCCAGCGUUAUCUGGUGGAGUCUCGUUGACGUGGGGUCAGGUGGGCAAGUAUGCCUCGCCUAUUUACGAUGAAGAAAUUAAGCUCACUGAUAACAAACCGAUAGUUGAAGUUACGUAUCCACGACAGGGUGACAUCAACGAGUACAUCAUAACCGCAAUGCACGCAUUCGACACGAAAACACCACUAUACACGAUAUCUGAUGCGGAGCGCGCGGCCGAUGCACAUUUGGCAAGCGUGGAUUCUGCAAGGGUUACGGUUCUGCGUGGCGGCGUUGGCUUUAAUUACACGACAUUACGAUUUGAAAUGGCAACGCCCGCUUAUCAGCUAUCAGCUGCAGACAGCGCCCCGAGCACUGGCGGUCAUCCUGAUGGCGGCAGACAUGCGGGGCGUAGUAAUAACUUACGCGCACACUAUCAGCUCGUUAUUUACGGCGUUGAUUUAUAGCGUGAAUAAUUGUAUAAUAAACUUUUCUGCGAUUCUUUUUUCAAAUAAUCAUAGACGAGCUUAGUUAAGUAAUGGUUACAUUGCAAAUAAAUUAUUUUAUAAAUAUAAGUCGCAGUAAUAAUUCGUUUACCCUGUUUUUGUUGAAAUGUGUCCAAGGCAAGGAGCUGCUGAUAAGUCGGUGAGUACAACACCUUCAAUUCAGUUAGUUCUACUAACCCUUUCCGUAUGCAUGCGUAUUCUGGAGAUAUGAUAUUUUUUAUAGGGACAGUUCUUCUUAAUGCUGGCAUCUUAUGUGUAUUAGUGUUCUCUUUAAAGCCUUAGUGUGAUAUUGCACUGGCAU